AUGGGUCAUGUUGGCCUCUUCAUACUAUUAUUCGCAGUUUUUGGCACUUUUAUAGAAGCUGUUGAAUCCACCGCAAAGCCGCAAUGCAAAUUCACAAGCACAAACGGGUACUAUGCACAUGUUCCAUCAAACCUGCCGAUUGGUGACGUCAUUUUCCGGGGUACGGUAUCUCCGCCCGACGCCGAAAUGAUGAUCGCUAAUGUUAGAUCGGACGCGUUCAAGGAGACCGACUGGUCUGAUCACCUAGUAAUCGAUAGAUCCGACCCGGGCUCCUCAGCCACUUGGCUCGUCCGACUGUCUGCGUCUCUCUCGCUACCAGUCUACCCGUCAACACUAAAAGAAGCGAACCUUUUUGUGACAGUAAUAUGUAAUGGAUACGCGUAUCCGUUAUUCACCCUCCAUAUUGAUCCAACAAAUCGAUUUGCUCCACAGUUCUAUCAUGAGCCAUAUGUGGUGGCAGUUGAGCCAAAUUUGCCGAUUUGGAGCAUUAUUGAAACCCCUGUCGCUGCAAUUGAUUGGGAUCCAGAAGAGAGUUAUCGAUUGAUGUUUUGGUUGGAGGACUCCCACAAAGGCAUCGACCUGGUGGAGGAAACCCCGAAAUCCCGAGAACUGAUCUCCGGAAGUGCUGAUUGGUCGGAGAAUCAGCUUCCACGCAAGAUUCAGUUAAGAGUCACUGGGAACUAUGAGCUCCCAAUGAGCUUGAGGCUUAUAGUUUCGGAUAAUGCAAAGGAAAAUUCACGGAAAUCCACAACUUUUAUAAAUUUGGUCGAAAAAUCGCCGAAUCUUGCAUUACCAAAGACUACGGUAGCCCCUACAACUACUACAGUACCCCGUACGACUACUACAGUACCCCCCACUACCACUACAGUACCCCCAACCACUACUACAGUACCCCCAAUCACCACAACAUAUUCUGAAGACAUCAUUGACUCGGAAGUGACAAAAUCGCCGCAGGAGCUCAUUGCAGAGCUCAAAAAAGCUUUGAAGUCGGAAAUUUCUGGAAAACCGAAAAUUUUCAAGGAAGCCGAGGAGCCCGAAAUCGAUUUUGUAGCUUUUGGAACGAAAAACCGAGAGAUGAACGCAAUUGACACUGAAAAUUCGGAGGAAAUUGAAAAAUUCGAGCCAAUCGGAGCGACACGGUUUGCUCAGUGCUCCGUGAGGACUACAGUACCAGAAAACUCACCGAAAGGCACAAAAGUUGCUCAUUUGGAGACUUUGAACAGGAGAAAUAGCACAAAAAUCAAAUUAAUCGAUCCGGACGGCACAUUUGGAAUCGACGCGGAAACCGACGACGUAGUGAUUUUGGAUCCAAAAUUAGUGGAUCGAGAGCUUUUCAAUACUCUGGAACUAGUAGCUGAAAUUGAGAAUUCCGUGGAUCCAUCAGUUCAGUGUACACGAAUCCGAAUCUACGUGGAUUUGGACGAUGAGAACGAUAAUCGGCCGGUUUUCGAGAAUGAGCACUACUUUUUCCAUAUUGAUCCGAGAUUCCCGCCUGGUGAAGAGAUUGGAAGGUUGCUGGCGCAGGAUAUUGAUCAGGGCUCAAACGGUCAAAUCACCUACCACCUGCUCACCCAGGACGUCCCAUUCCAAGUGGGUACCCACGGGAAGAAAGCGGUGAUAAUGAGCACCGGAAAGGUGGAUCCAGCAGUUGCCUCCUAUAACUUAACAGUCGAGGCACGCGAUCACGGCGAAGAUUUGGUGAAAUCCGCAAAAGUUCCCGUCGAGAUAUUUGUGUUAGGAGGUGGCGAGGUGGGCGGAGUCAAGAAAGCUGUGGGCGGAGUCAGGCAAAAAAUUCAAAAACCUGCUGAAAAUGAUAUGCUCCCCAAUGAUGAAAAUCGCGCAGAAACCAAGAAACAAUCCAGCCAAGAAGUGGGCGGAGCCAGUAGAUCAGAAGAUAAGAAAACCAAAGAACCCGAGGAUGAAGCAGAGUCAGACACUGUAACCGAGAAAAAAGUUGACGGAGCUGGUCAAGAAGUGGGCGGAGUUAGACCAGAAGUGGGCGGAGACAACCAAGAAAUGGGCGGAGCUAGUAAAGAAAAUAUCGAAGAAACCGAAGAGAUUGAAGAAGAAACCGAGGAACCAAAAUCAGAAGCAAGUUCCCAGGACAAAGUGGGCGGAGCCAACAGCAACUUUCAGAAUAAAUCCACCGACAAAAGUCUUGAAAAUCAGCUAAAUAUCAGUGAAUCGGAGACUAGUAAAGAAAUGGGCGGAGCCACAAUCCAGAAAGUGGGCGGAGUCAAACAAGAGAAUGUGAAGACAAUUCUCAAGGCGCCCGAGACAGGAGAAUCUGAAAAUUUGGAAAAUCUCGAAGAUUCUGAAGACGUGGAAGUGGUGACGGUCAUUGAGGAGGUCGAGGUGGAAGAGGACGAUGACGUCAUCGAGGAUCACGUGGAAAAUGUUGAAAAUGACGUCAGAACUACUACCGCUUCGAUGUCUAGAACGGUAGAUCACCAACGAACAACGACAGAAGAACCGGAAGCUAAUACCGUGGAAGAGGAGCCCCCGGCACCAACAACUACAGUAUUCUCAUUCCCCCAACCCGAAUACACGUAUGACGCUUUUGGUAUGGAAAUCCAGGAGAAUGACGUCAUCGGGAAAGUCGCGGCGGGACCGAGAACCGAGUUUUACGCGGUUGAUAGGGAGAUGAUCGGCCUAAUCAAAAUCAAUGAAGCCGGUGAGCUUCUCGCCGGCAAGAAGCUCAACCGCCAUAAGGAUGGACCAUUGAAAUUCGGAGUUUCUGCAACAAAUGGCUUUGAGACGGCCCGUGCUCAAGUCACAGUCCUCCGAGACGCCAAUCGAGAUGUUAUGUCAGCGAUGCCACGUUUCGACCGGGAAACUUAUCGAUUUUCGAUCAAUGAGAACCAGCAACCAGAAGUUAUCGGUUUUGUGAGGGCUUUCCACUCCGCGAUCUCCUCAUCCGAGUCAGUUCGUCUAACCUAUUCUCUAAUUGCUCCGGCUCACAUUGACGAGCUCCCAUUCGAAAUCCAUGAGCAAUCUGGAGAAGUUAGCACUUCCCGACCUCUGGACACGGAGCAAAAGAAGUUUUAUCGGUUCCAAGUUCGAGCCUGCCUAACCCAAACAAUAUGCUCCACAAGUGACGUCAUCGUAGAAGUCGUCGAUGUCAACGAUAAUCCUCCAAUUUUCACGAAUCGCAAGCUAGAAGCAACUGUGGAAAGCGAUGUGCCUCCAGGAACAAGAAUUGUGAAGCUUUUCGCAAAAGAUGCGGAUGCCGGGAAUAAUAGCAGAUUGUCGUUUGCCUUGAUGUCGGAGAAUGAGCCCUUCUCCAUCGACCCAAACUCUGGACAACUCACCACCUCACAAAGCCUCACCCGACCACUUUACACAAUUCUGGUGUCAGUCUCCGACGCCGGAGUACCCCAAAGAAGCGACACCGCGGAGGUUACUGUAGUGGUUAAAGGCACAAACCCAUCUCCGCCAGCAUUUGAUCAAAAGGAGUAUAAGGCGGUGAUUGCCGCACCGAUUCGUGCUGGACAAGUGAUUGGAGAAGUCCGCGCUACGGAUCCGGAUCCAGGAAUGGAGGGAUUAGUCACUUAUAAGCUUUUGAGAUCUGACAACAAUGACCACCAAAAGUUCAUGAUCAACUCGAAAACCGGAGUUAUCAGUGCAAUCAGUCCCUUGUCACUUGAAGACGGACCAAUCGAGCUAGGAAUCGAGGCAACUGACAAUGGCAAGAACCUGAAGAGAAAAGUGAAGACCAACAUGAAAAUCGAUAUUAUCGAUUCGAAAACUCUCAAGUUUCUGCCUCUCCCGACUACCGUAUACAUUUCGACUGAAAAGGCAGUGGGAAGUGUGAUUUUACGAGUUUCGGCAGUGUCAACUGACAAUGAGAAUAUCAAAUUCCGAGCGCUCCAGGAAAAUUCGCAGUUUGUAAUGGAUGGUGAUUUGUUGAGAGUCGCCAAUCACCUGGUAGAGGGAGAAUCGAUUUUAUCGAUUCGUGCAGAAACCGACACGGUCCAUGUAGAUCAUCAGCUAAAAGUUAUAGUGAUGUCGGAUAGGGAUAAAUACCCGGUAUUCCCACAACUGACUUAUGAUUUUGACGUCUCCACGGACGGGCACUUCCCGCGAAUUGUGCACCAGUUUAACGCCAAACUGGGUGCUGGGACACUUCGCUACACAUUUUUCCCGCCGAGCCCCGCACCUGCCGGCUUCUACCUCGACGAUAAGACUGGAGAGCUGUUCGUGACGUCACAGUACCCGGAAACCAAACGGGAAACGGUUUUUGUGGUGGUACGGGCGGUGAAUAUGCAGGCAAACAAGUUCUACUCGGAUGUUGGGGUCGCCAUUACCCCAGUAUCCACGACAAAUCCCACUCUUCGAUUCCAGCAGCCAAACUAUAAUUUUGAAGUCUACGAGAGCCUUGGUGAAGGAGAAGCUAUUGGUACCAUUUCUGUGACUGGUUCAACGUCCCCGGCAAAGCUGUCUCUGUCCCCGGAUACCUCAUUCCUAGGAAUUCAUCAAAAUGGAACCCUAUUUUUGGCCCAAAAAGUUGACGCUGAGGAAAUUGAAAGUUUGAGUCAAGAAUUCACAGUUUUGGCUGAAAGUUCGGGAAAAGAAAACCCUGAGACCGCCCGCGCGCUAAUCCACGUAGCGAUUCGUGACGUCAACGAGUUCCAGCCAGAGUUUGACGAAGAUGACGUGGAAUUUUCGCUGGAAAGGGGCGUGGCCACUCCCGGAGCAACUAUCGGAAGAGUUCAGGCUCACGAUCAGGAUGUUAGUGAGAAAAAUCGUUUGAUCUACCGUGUGGUGGGCGGAUCCGGCAGGAAGCUGGUGUUCAUUCAGGAGGAUGGGACAAUUAUUGUGGGCGAUGAGCAGAUUCCGGCGGCGGUGGACGAAUUCGAUUUGAUUAUUGAAGCUGUUGAUCGGAAUGGAAAUCAUGACUCCACCCACGUCAUCGUCUACAUCGACGGAGCCCCCACCUCUUCCACCGAGGAGCACGAGCCGUUAUUUCCUGCCGAGCCCCUUGUCUGGAACGUUACUGAGGGCACGACGCAGAGUUUCCAACUACAAACUGCAAGUGAUGAUGUCAUCUACCGCAUAGUGGGUGGGAACGACGACGGGCUCUUUGAGCUCAGCUCGAGGGGCGAGCUGAAAAUUGUCUCAGAGCUCGAUAGAACUCGCCAGAAGUCAUAUACCCUGCAAGUUGAGGCUAAGAAAAGUGGAGUCGCGAAGGUUGCUGAAGUUACCGUUAAUAUCAAUCCGACAAUUUCCAACGCCCACGCACCAAAAUUCACGAGAGAUCAUUACUCGGGUACCGUACCCCUGGACGCCCCCAUAGGCUUCCCCAUAGUCACCAUGGAGGCCUUUGAUGAGGAUGAUGACCCAGUACAGUACACCUUUAAAGGCACAGGCUGUGCCGAUCAGCUUGGUAUUGAUAAUUCAGGCCGUGUGGCUUAUAAGGUCGCUAUGAAAGAUCGCACAACGGGAAGCUUGGAGUGCACGGUGGUGGUUAGCGAUGGGGAGCACUCCGCGGAGACAAUGCUGACACUUUUGGUGCAGGAGAAUGAGGAAGUGGAAACACCCCAAAAGCCUCCAAACCACGCGCCAACCUUCUCAAUGGCCGAGUACACCUUCACCAUUCCGCAAAACUCCACGGACCUCGGAACUGUGAUGGCAACGGAUCCAGACGGAGACCUUAUUGAUUUUUCGAUUGAGCCCACCGAAUACCGUAACCUUUUCCACGUGGACUCCAGUGGACGGAUCUUUGUGCGAGGACCCCUGGAACAACAACGAUACAGCUUCCUGGUAGUGGCAGAAGAUCGAGGAAGCCCAAUUCUAUCGUCAUUCGUGAAUGUGAAGGUUCUUGUGGAAGCCACCCAGGAGCAGUUGGACCCGGAAGCAUCGAGCCCUCAACACUUCCAAUUCAGCCAGGCAGUGUACUCCUGGCGAGUGGAGUCCGGGCUUCCGGUCGGAUCGAUCGUAGGAUUUGUUAAGCCAGUUGGGGUGACAGAUGGGAUCUCGUAUAGCUUCAUCUCGGGAGACUACCUGGCGAUCGACAGUGAUGGACGGGUUGCUGUGGUGAAGCCGCUUACGGAGACCGUCAAUGAUGUGGUGAUUGCGAUGAAGAACGGCGAGAUUUUGGCGGAGACUCGGAUUUUCGUCGGAGUGGAGCCGUCUGAAGCUACUACUAGGAUCCUAGGGCCAGUGACGACUACGCAAGUACCAUCCACAGAGGCUCCCGCCACAAGCACCCAGAGCUCGGAAGAGUCCCCUUCAUCAAGAACAUCAGAGCUUCCGACACUACCUCCAGCAACACCCCGCAUCACCUCAAGACCUUCCCAACUAACUCUAGCCCCCACCGAAGACAUCUCCAUGGUCUCCACUGAACAAGGCCCUACCCUCGCCCCGAUCGAUCUUCCGACUCGGGCAGUGACCGGAAGGGUGAUCCCUCUGGACUCCGGCAGGUUCACCUUUACCAGCCCGAUCUACUCAGCGUUCUCUCUGGAAGGAGACUUCAAGUCUGGCAUCGAGCUGGAGAUCAAGCCGACGCUCGCCGUCCAGGGAUCCUCUGAACCUCCGAGCUUCUCCAUCGAAGACACAACACUCCCAUUCUUCCUCACCCCUGAAGGCAAGCUCAUAAUGUUCGAAGCGGAUCGAGAGCGGCAUGAGAGCUACCUUUUCACCAUAGUCGCCAAGGCUCAGGGCCAGAUGGCUCGGGCUCGGUUGAACGUUACGAUCCUCGACGUCAACGACAACUACCCCCGCUUCCAGGCCCAUCCGGACGCUGUUGGCAUCUCCAGGACUAUGCAUCUAGGCAGCCCGAUUUAUCAGUUAAAGGCUGUGGAUCUUGAUAAAUUCCCUGAUAACCAGGUCACCUACUCCUUGAAUUCUCCAUGGAUCUCUAUAGAUUCCCGGGAAGGAUUGCUCCGAGUCAACGGAGAUCUUCAGGCAGCCCCCGAAUCGUUGGAUCUAACCGUGGAAGCUCAGGACUCUGGCAAGCCACCGCUCAAAUCGGAGACUCACCUGAGAAUCCUGAUCUUCAAGCAGAACAUCCCAAAGUUCCUGGAAACCCCGCUUGAAGUCACGCAAAUCCCAACAAAAAUGGCUCCAGGAGCACACAUCAAGACCCUGCUGGCAGGACCGACUGUCUCGGAGCAGGAUACAAUUCUCUAUCGGCUCGUGGACACCGUCAAUGGGCUAUUCGAGAUUAAGCAUGCAGGGGAGCUGGUUUUGGCGAGAAGACCGCUGGAUAAUGAGGCUGGAAGAGAGUAUCAGUUGAAUGUGACAGCGGAGAACAGCAAGGGAACCGAUUGGGUUGUGCUACCAAUCUUCGUGGAAGGCCGACUAUCAUCAACCAACACCCCAUCAACUUCCUGCCAAUUCCAACAGAAAGUGUACAGAGCCCAGGUUAUGGAAAAUUCCGGAGCCCACGACGCUGUAGUCCGAGUUCAAGCCGGUUGCCAGAAGAAAUUCAGAUACGCGUUCCAUACGCAGAGCAAGGAAUUCGAAAUUGACUCCCAGAGUGGUCAAAUCUACACAACUGAGCCAUUGGACCGGGAGACUAAGAGCACAUAUUUCCUGACGGUUAAUGUUAUUGAGCAGAAUCGCAAGAGGCAGAGUGAUGUGCAAGUUGAGCAACUCUCCUCCAAACUCUCCCCAUGGCAGACGCUCGUAGUGGUUACGGUACUUGAUGACAACGACAACGCCCCCGUAUUCCUGCACAUGCUCCCAGACUCUACGUUAGCCGCCGUGGUAGAUCAAAAUGCGAAUCUGAUGAGCCCGGUGACCCACUUGCAAGCUCGCGACCUUGAUGUUUUACCAGGCAAUCUGAAAUUCGAGCUGGAAGGCCCUGAAGCUGACAGUUUCUUCUUGAACUCUACUAAUGGUUUGGUCCAGCUCGCGAAGAGCCUCGAGAAAAGUGACGUGGAGCAUUUCGAACUGCAAGCUACAGUAACCGAUGGGAAGCAUGCUGUGCAUGUGCCUUUGAAUAUCUAUGUGCUCUCCGUGGACACAAACGUCGUGCAGCUUACCAAGAAUACACCACACUCGGAUAUUGAUCCAAGUGCUGUUGAGAGGAAGUUGACUGAGAUCCUUGGAAUGGACACCCGUAUCCUCGUCGCCCAGCCAUUUGUAUCCGACGACGGCAAGACUGACAUGAAGAAGUCCCACGUCUUCGUCUACUCCCUGGACAAUCUGAGCCAAAAGCCUAUCUCCAGAGAUGAGCUCAAACGGCUCUUGAUGGCUCAUUCCGAUGGGCUUCAUCCCCUGCAAAUCUCCUCAGUUUCGCUUUUAUCAACAGGAAAUGCGGCUGGAAAUGGGCAAUUCUUGCUGACAGUCGUCCUACUGGUUGUGCUCAUCGCUUUGUUGCUCUUCAUUUGUGCAUUGAUAAUGUGUUGUGCCAAACGCCGGGCCCGCAACACCGCUGGAGUCAUGGAAGGCGCCUACAUGAUUAACUCUGUCGGAAGUGGCCCCCGGCCGUAUGACGUGGAAAAUAUUUCACGGCUCACCGCACAGAACGUACUAGCCGGUAGACCCUUGCCGGACCCCCAGGAGCAUAGAAUUGACAUGUCAUCCAACGAUACGGAUAUUGCCUUAGAACGUGACGAUACUACUAGAGAAUUUUCAAAUAGUGUCCGAGAACGGCCAACUCUGUUGCAAAGUGCACUUCAGAGGCAGAAUAUCCACCCAUCAAUUGCCAACGAUGAAGAAUUGAAGAAAUUCUAAAAUUUUAAUUUUCACUUAUUUAUUAUCGAUUUGUUAUUGAUUUUUUUUCACCUCCUCACGGGUAUGCUAUCUACCGUAUCCCCGUCUUUCCCCACCACCGCAAACCUGUAAUAAGUGCUCAUUUUUUCUUGAAAAAUUAAUAAUGACUAAUGCUAUGUAUCAAUUUAUGCCUAGACACGCCGGUGCUAUAUGUAUUUAUUGAUUUAUUUUAAUAAUAAAAAUUUAGUUUGAAAAAAAA